GUUCCCCAGGAGGGUCGUCUUACCUUUUGUACGUCUACUGCCUCUUGAUGAUCCACCGCCUCACUGACACCAACCAGGCUACACAGCAGCAGAAGGCCGCCCUCAGGGAAGACAUUCCUCGGUCGAGUGGGCGUGGUGCGGGCGGGGUGCUCCUCCUCCCCACCCACCCUGACGAAGCUACAACAGCACGCCCGCGACGCCACCCACGUCAGCACCAACCUUGCAGCCUACUACCACAACCUGCACCUCAAAGCAGCCCUCAAGAAUAUUAUUUACCUGCCAAAGUACAACCUCUCAUGGUGCCUUGUUGCCAAGGUGGCCUCCACCUCCUGGACCAAGGCACUGCUUGACCUCCGAGGCAUCAUAGGUGACGAGUACAGUGACCCGCCGCUGCAAGUGGUCCUCAGACAAGCUUUCAGGCCUGUGGAUCCCUCGCGAGUUAAUCACACCAUUAACACCUCCCUUAAGUUUCUCUUCGUGAGGCACCCGUUCCAGCGCCUUGUCUCCGCCUACAGGAAUAAGCUAGAGGACUCCAACCUUCAGGAGGAUGGUGCUUACUUCUAUAAGAACUAUGGAAGUAGCAUCGUGCAGAGGUUUAGGAAGAGCAGAGAAUCCGUGAAGGCGGAAAAAACUGCAGAAGUUAGAAGGAACAACACAGAUGAGAAAAAUAGUCUUCGGGAUGUACACGAGAAUAAUGAGAUAAAAACUAGACACAGAGUUACAAGUGAUCGGAGGAAACAGGAGAAUGACGGCGAAGGACGAAAGAUGAAUGAUAAUUUCCCCGAAAGAGAGAGGGAAAAGGAGGAGGAUGAAUAUACUGAGUUCAGAAAGGAACCCACCUUCGAGGAGUACGUAGACUACCUCCUCAACACGGACGUCGACAGCUACGACGAACACUGGAAACCCAUCUCGCGUCUGUGCCACGUUUGCGAGUUCAACUUCGACUACAUCAUCAAGUACGAGAACUUCAAGGAGGAGAUCAACUACUUCGUGGAGAUGCUGAAGGAGAGUGGGAGGCUGCCCACCAAGUUCCACCUUCAGUGGAAGAACCGAGGUGGGACGGACAGGGAGACAACGACCAAAUACUUGAGCCAGGUGAGCCAACACAAGCGGUGGCUACUGUAUGAGAAGUAUUACGAAGACUUCUUGUAUUUUGGCUACACGUUAGAAGAUCAUGUGCGACUAUGAUUUCUACACUGCACUGUAUAUACAAGUAUAACUUUGAAAAUUAUAUAAUUGUGCUCAUGUGAUUAAACGUUUUAUUUUUUUUAAAGUGUUUAUAUAGUUACCUGUUUAGGAUUGUUAUUCACGGGGCCUUGACACGUGACGUUUACCCUAUUCAGUUUUGUUUU